CUCGCAUUUCCUCCGCGACGCUGGUUCGAAUCGCGUCUCUGCCUCUACAUCUUCCUCCAUUUUCUGCUCCCCAACCCCGUUGUCUGGGAGAUGGAUUGACGUCAAUUCGUGUUGGUCGAAAUUUGCAUGAGACAGUCUGGACGCUGACAUGGCCAAAGAUGGCCCCGAGUCUACGGGAUUUGAUUGAUUUUCUCCUUGCGGAGAUUGCCCUCUGCGGUGAUCAAGGCGCUUCUCCUGCCGAUAUACUAACAUUUAUCAAUACUUUCUAUGCCAAGGCGGCGCAAGAUGCAGCUGGCCGCGCGCACACCGUGGACCGCCGGUUCCAGGAGAAGGUCUGGUCCUGGCUAAUGAAGAACCCAGAAGUAUCCGUUGGCAAAGACAGAGAAGGCAAUCAUCUCAGCCUCCGGGAUGCCGAGCGUGGUCAAACCAGUGCGGAGACAGACCAAGCCGCCAACGGAGCAUCGGACUCGGCCCGGGUCUUUGUGUCCAAAGAGCGAACCUGGCUCGCAGUGGCUGGUCACGGUCCGGAUGAAACCAAGGUGUUCCCCACGGAAUUCGCUCUUCUCUCUAUUAUUGCAUCGCGCAAGCACAACGGCAUUGCGCAGACAGAACUAGUCAGAGUCAGUGGCCAAGACAAACGUUCCGUGCCGAAGCGUACGGAUGUUCUGCAGCAAAAGGGCUACAUCGAGAAACGCGCCAUUCAAGUCAAGUCUACUCGUACCAGUCUUUGUACCUUGCGCAAGUUCUUGACACCAGAGCAUGCCCCUGUAGACAGAGAGACUGGCCAGAAUGCAGAUGCGACCAAGCAGGAGAACAUGAUCGAUUUCAAAGAGUUUCUUGAUCAACUCUUCCAGAUCCUCCAGGAAUAUCAGAUUAUUUCUCGCAAUGACUUGAAACAGAAGCUUGGGUUUCAGGAUCACUGGCGCUGGAGGAUCCUAUCCCGUGCGCUUCGGAAGUUUGAACGUAUCGGCGUUCUUAAACGUGUUCGAGCUUUGUCUCAGUAUGCCGACACUCUGAAGAAGUUCCACCCUUGCGUCAUGCUUAUAAGAGAACCAACGGAGAGAGACUUCGAACUAUUUAACGAAUUCAGUCGCGGCAUACUUUCAAAUCUAGAACAGGAAGAUAAUCUCGACAUUGAGGAUGAUAUGGAGCCGGAGCAAGAUGGCACAUCACAGAGCCCCUUACAGCCAAACAGCAACGGCACAGUCGGACUAGUGAAGCGUGAAGCAGUAGAAGAGGCUGGUCGGAUUCUCCCUUCUUGGUCCCCUGAUAGGAGCAUACACAAUCAGAUCUUUGAGAUUGUUGAUCGAACAGGAACUGAUGGUAUCACCAAUCAAGGAAUCCUGAGAGCCUGUUUUGGCGGAUACUUCAGACGACCUUUGGAGAACGCAGUGAGUCGUCUCGUAGAAUGUUGGCAGCUAUCCCAACCCCUGCACCUGCGCCAUCUGGCUAUUGUCAGAGAUACGGCGCUUCAGCGCACUAUCACUCAUUAUGUGCAUUAUACUGCAAUGAACUUCAAGCAGCUGGUCGAUUCAGGGGAGGCGCUGUGGGAGGCGGUUGAGUUCGCUCCGAAAAAAGCGAAGUCAAUUAGCGCACACAUUCAUCCUGUUGAUGCCGCUCCCCAACUUGAUGCUCAUGGGCUCACUCUCGCUGUGCCAAAGAAGGAAUUAUGCAAGGAUGGGAACGUUACACUGCUGGAGUGUAUCUCGGUAGUUAAACCGGCAAACUACGUAUUUUCAGGCAGCGAUGCCGUAGCGGCACGCCGGGAGGAUGGAACAUACACGAUCCAUCAACGUAUUCGGGGUUCUGGUGACUCGACUGCGCAGCCUUAUGCCACGCCGGUUAGGGUGAAGAUAGAAGGUCAGGAGGGCUCUGAUACAGAGAUGGCUGAUGUGCCUUCUGUGCAACCGGUCAAAAGCCGCCCAAGGAAGUCACAACUUGAUCCCGAAGUAUUCCGGGGCAUGUCUGAAAAGGAGAAGCUUGAGGCUCUUGGAUUGGAUGAGACUUGGACGGAGUACAGCGUCUUGCUCAUAGAACGCACCGGGCCGGGUGUGUACGUUACUACUCGUGGACGUCGGCGACCGGCAGGCAAGAGGCAAGGGCGGCCAAAAAUCAGUCGGAUCGCCGUGUUCAAGACACCAAAGCUGGCAACUUUGCCUUGGUUCCAGAAAGACACGACUGUGCCAGAUGAUGAGUCUGUGCUUGUAUCCAGGAAGACUCGUUUGCAGGCCAGCGCACGGACUCAGUCCUCUCCUGCAGUUGAUGAUGGUCUCCCACCCCAAUCCACUUCUCCAGCUCCUUCUGUUAGAGGCUCGAAGAGAUUGCGUCAGGAUGGGUCAGAUACCGGAUAUGGAUUGGAGGGUGAAUGUGCGCCAAAGCACCGUCGUGUUGAGGAAGUCAAUGGGGAUUCGCAAGAUGGUUCGCCGACUGCAGAACCGCUCGAGUGUGAACCUGAAGCGACACAGACGUCGCCUUUGAGGCGAACUAAAAGAAAAAGAGCAGCGUCGCCUAUGCUCACAGAAGAAGGUCCCUCGCAGACAGACGACGGCUCUGUAUUGGAUAACGUUUCAUCUCGGAAACUCCCGCGGAGCAGCGGCCGACCCGCCACUCGCAAUGGGGAUAUAGAAACCUUUUUCAAACGGGCUCGCUCUGGACAAGCCUUACGGGACAGGAAAGGUACAACCACCGAGUCGAGCGCUGAAACCGGAAAAGGCAAUGAUGCCGUUGAAGAUGAGCCUGAGGCUCCCGCGGCGGAAAGGCCAUCGGAGAGAGGUGCCUUUACCAACGAAUCUUCAGAAAUCGCUACAAUCAACGACACGACUCAACAAAGCUUGGCUGAACCGGCUGCGCCCGAAGCGACAGAGCAAAAGAAGAGUGCCCCAGAAGCACCUGAGCCAUCUGGUAGAAAGCGAAGAAUAUUUGCAGAGAAAGGUGGUUCCGUCGCUGUCCUUCGGAGGUCGAUUGUCAUGGAUAUCCUUGAACAAGCUGGCGGCGCGUAUCCUAUGGGCACAGAAAUCUGGUAUCCAUUUAUGACAGCCUGGCAAAAGAAGAGACAUAAGGAAAUACCAGAUCUGCGCACAAUCAGAUCGGUCGUCAAAACCAUGGUUGAUGCUGGCAAGGUCCGGCAGUUGACUUUCAGUGGGCGAGACCGGAAGGGUGUCAUGGUAACAAAGAAGAUCAUCUAUAAGGCGGACAUGAAGCCCGACGACCCCCUGAUUCUGGAUAUGCAAAAGGAAAUGCUGGCCACAGAUCGGUACUAUUUCCCUCCUAAUGUUGAGAUUGACCCCGAAAUCUCAAAGAAUGGCAAUCGGGGUACGCCACGCAGAGAUGAGAAGCUACUCUCCCAGCUCCCCGUGGAACGGGGCAUUACCGUACAGCUGCACCAAAAGCCGGCAAUGGUUCGCGCCGUGGAAAAGCGCCGACGCCAUAUGCUGCGUAGCGAACUGUUGCAACAUUUGAGUAUGGGAGAGGAGUAUGAGACAGCAGACGGUGCAGAGAUCGUGCGACUCAUGACUCUGAGUCGUCGCGGUGACCAAGAUGAUCCACGCGCAUUGACAUCUAUCUCCCGACCGGGGCGUGCGGGCGAUGGGCCCAGACGAGGACAAAGACAGCAGGUGGAGGCAGGGCUGGCUUCACUGCGCAAGAUGAGGCGACUGUGGUCUACUAUAGCACCCCACGCGAUGCUCAUGAAUACGAAGCCGACGUUCCAUGCCACCACUGGAACUUUUGGUACGGAAGCUGGAAUACCGGCUAUACAAGCUGCAAGAGACCGCGCGAAAGCGGCUGGAAGAAAGAAAACUCACGACCUACCGCAUUCCCUUGAUGAUCUGUUCAGCCAGACGCGGAGACGAGUCAUGGACGACACUGGAGACGCUGACCCACGAUCACGCCAGUUCUUCCGGGAUAACAAUACUAUUCUCAAGUGGGAGCUCAGCCACGAGGAUUUGCUCCGUCGAAAGAGCGCGGAUCUGUUCUACAUCAACCAGACUGUUCAAAACAUGGAGACUCCUGGUAUCGAGGGCGAUAUCCGAUUCGAUGUCGACGAGCAGACUGGCAACGCAGCUACAGAAGUGACACCCAUGAUUACUCGACAUAAGGCGCGUCUGGAACGUCAAACUUCACAAUCGCGGCGAAGACGGUCCGAGACUGCUACCGAGCCUGGGCAUCGUCGUCUUGCCAAGUUGAAUGAGAGCAUUGCUACUGACGGAAAUAAGCCUGCUACGGCUCAACCCGUCUCGCGCCAGCCAUUACGCCGGAGCCGUCUUGUCUCGCAGAUGCCACGGACACUAGUCCAGCAGUUCAUAGCCGCAAUUGUUGCUGUGCGCAGUUUAGCUGGAGGUUCCGAUGCUCGUCUGGUUGAUUGGUCCCUUCUUUGCUGUUGCUUUCCGGACUUGGAUCCAGCCUUUGUUAUUCACCGAGCUAGAGGAAUACUUGGAAAAUAUCGUCUGCAGAUCGCCAAGCUGCAAGGCGAUUUCCAAGAAAGGUUCAUCGAGGCGUAUGCUAAUAACGAGGUCCCUCCCAUUGACUACGACAACCUGGAAGGGUAUGACUGGAAGGGGGUAAUCGAGUGGGCGAACACGAAACUAGAUGCCCCCAAGUCCGAGAAGCUCCCCGAUCUACCUGCAACGCGAGAACAGUUUGACAGCGUCUUUGAACUAAGGGAGGAGGCGCUCGUACCAAUCGAUGAACUGUACCAAACCAACCAGUCGAUAACCGUGGGCCGCAAGCGCGCCCUGAUCGCCGGUGUCCCAUUCGCUGCUCCUCUGCCGGAGAAAUCCAACCGGCCUCAGCCGCGGAGAGCGGAGCUGUCCCGCUUGGAAGUGGUCAAGACUUGGGUGCGAGCCAACGUAGUGACACCAGAGGAGAAGUACCGCCCAGCCGAAGCGCGACAGGCACUAGAGAUAUUCGGAGAGCACGUGGUGCAGCAGGCAUUGCAGUCUCUCGUAACAGAAAGAGCACUCUCCAUGGGCAACCGUGGACGCAUUACCCCAGGCCGGAACUACGACGUGACAGAAUACUUCCUAUUGGCACUGGGCCGGCGACGAGUCAUCGAAAGUACCGAGCUGCGGCGAGCGCAGCGAUUCAAGACCGAGAUCCUGGAUUCGACACUGCGCAAGCAAGGAUACAUGGACAUCGACUACAACGCAGAAGACGGCGACAUGCUUGUAGUGAUCAACCUGUUUGCCACGGGUCGUGUGGUGCUUCACCCGCGCGAUGUGCCGCGCGAGAAGUACGGACUCACGGACGGGGGCUACCUGACGCGGCAGAUCGACAAGGACAAGCUGCGAUUCUCGAUGGAGGUGCGACCGGCCAAAUCGUACGUCUAUGGCAACCCUAUCCAAGAGAAGAUGCGAAGCCUUGUAGCACCGCGUCCGCAGGGCGUCGACGCGGCCACGCAGCUGCCAGCGAAGAUACCCCUGUGGUACGACAUCCACGGGUCGUUUGUCCGAGUGCUGUGGGACAUGGCGUUGGCGGCGGUCGUGGGAUGCGUGGCGACGCGGCCGGGGAUCAAUGCGAGUGUGAUAGCGGGGAUGUUGAAGCCGACGAUGGGCGAGUGGGAGGUGCAGCUGCUGUUGGAGUGGUUGGAGGGGGUGGGUGUGGCGACGCAGGAGUCGGGGUGGGUAGUACGAGAAUGGUGGUGGAUGGUGUUGGGUGAU